AUGGGUUUCCCGCUCCCCUUCCGCCCGCCCUCUUCUGCCCCCUCUGGUGCGCGUGGUGUUGCGUCGUCAUCGGGCUCGGGCAACGGCCGCCGUGGUGUGAAGGGCUUCGACGAGACCAAGUACCCGCCCAUGGCGCCAUCCCCCAAGGCCACUCCGCCGCAGCCAUCACAGCAGACCGCCCGCGAGCCCAACCCUCUUGCCGCGCUGGACGGACCUGAUGUGAUCCACUUGCUGCCUGACGAAGACGAGGCCAGACACAAGUCGAGGAAGAUCAAGGCGGCGCCCGCCGGCAUGGAGGGCGGACUGAUCAUCCAGGCCGACCAGCGUACGCCGCCCUGA